GGCAGGAGGAGCACGCCUCCAUUGCCCAGCUCCCCAAGGCCACAAUCCAGGACUUUGACCCUCCUCCUCCUCCUCCUCCUCCCUCAGGGGCCCAGGCCAGUGUUAGUUAUGCUGCUAGCCCUGUUGGCCAGGAACAUGGCAAAGACGCCGGGUUUGCUGAAGCCAGUGGCAUUACGGAGGCUUCCGGGCCGAUACUUUGCCCACCAGGAAGGCCUUCCCACCCUCCCUGUCCCGCCUCUCCAACAGACCUUGGAUCGCUAUUUGUUGGCUCUCCAACCCAUCAUAAGCGAAGAGGAACUCAGCCACACCAAGGACCUGAUUCAUGAAUUUCGGAAGCCGGGGGGUGUUGGCGAACGGCUGCAGAAAGGACUGGAGAGGAGAGCUAGGAAGCAUGAGAACUGGCUGUCAGACUGGUGGUUGAAAACAGCAUACUUGGAGUAUCGGCUACCUGUGGUUGUGCAUUCCAGUCCAGGCGUUGUUUUGCCCAAGCAGGAUUUUCAGGAUCGGCAAGGUCAGCUAAGGUUUGCAGCUAAGUUGAUUGAGGGUGCCUUGGACUUCAAGACGAUGAUAGACAAUGAGACCCUUCCUGUGGAAUACCUUGGUGGGAAGCCUCUCUGCAUGAACCAGUACUACCAAAUCCUCUCCUCAUGCCGCAUCCCAGGCCCCAAAAGAGACUCUGUGGUGAACUAUGCCAAAGGCAAGAAGCCAUCCACCCACAUCACUGUUGUCCACAACUUCCAGUUCUUUGAGCUGGAUGUUUACAGCAGUGAUGGAAGCCCACUGACAACUGACCAGAUUUUUCUCCAGUUGGAAAAAAUUUGGAACACUUCCCUUCAAACGAACAAGGAGCCGAUUGGAAUCUUGACCACUAACCAUCGGAACAGUUGGGCCAAAGCCUACAACAACCUUAUCAAAGACAAGACAAAUAAGGAGUCUGUACGCUCAAUUGAAAAGAGCAUCUUCACUGUCUGCCUGGAUGCACCGAUUCCCCGAGUCUCGGAUGACAUCUACCGGAGCCGUGUGGCUGCCCAGAUGUUGCAUGGCGGAGGGAGUCGCUGGAACAGUGGAAACCGGUGGUUUGAUAAAACCCUUCAGUUUAUUGUGGCUGAAGAUGGUUCCUGUGGCUUGGUGUAUGAACAUGCUCCCUCAGAGGGUCCCCCCAUCGUUGCCCUGUUGGAUCAUGUUGUGGAGUACACGAAGAAGCCAGAGAUGGUGAGAUCUCCCAUGGUUCCUUUGCCAAUGCCCAAGAAACUGCGGUUCAACAUCACCCCAGAAAUCAAGAAUGACAUUGAGAAGGCAAAACAGAACCUUAACAUCCUGGUGCAGGACUUGGAUGUUACGGUGAUUGUCUUCCAUCAAUUUGGAAAGAACUUUCCUAAGUCUCAGAAAAUCAGUCCAGAUGCUUUUAUCCAGAUGGCUCUGCAGUUGGCUUAUUACAGGAUGUAUGGUCAGUCCUGUGCCACAUAUGAGAGUGCCUCGCUUCGGAUGUUCCGCCUGGGCCGGACAGACACCAUCCGUUCGACCUCAGUGGACUCUCUCAAUUUUGUCCAGGCCAUGGAUGAUUCUGGCAAGCAGGACCAGGAAAAGGCGGAACUUUUGAGGCGAGCAGCCCAAGCUCAUCGAUCUUAUACUGACAUGGCCAUUAAAGGGAAUGCAAUUGAUCGACACCUCCUGGGCCUGAAACUUCAGGCCAUUGAGGAUCUUGUGAGCAUGCCCGAACUCUUCAUGGAUACCGCCUAUGCUGUGGCCAUGCACUUCAACCUCUCCACCAGCCAGGUUCCUGCCAAGACCGACUGUGUAAUGUGUUUUGGUCCCGUUGUCCCUGAUGGCUAUGGCAUCUGCUACAACCCAAUGGAUGAGCACAUCAAUUUUGCCAUCUCCGCCUUCAACAGUUGUAGCGAAACCAAUGCUGCUCGCAUGGCACAUUAUUUAGAAAAGGCCCUUCUGGACAUGCACCUCCUGCUGCAGUCAAACCCCAGAUCUAAACUUUAAGAGUGAGAGCUUGCACCCAGAAGCCUUUUGGCUCCAAAAAAUGGCCUAAUAUCCAUCAGCCAUGUUGUUUAACUGUGGCGUGAAGAGAAUGGGCCCUGUUUGGAUCUCUAGCAGUGCGAGACAACUGCAUCAGUGCACCUCGCUCAUCACCUGACAUGGAUGGCCUUUUCGUGUGAUUCAGAAGGUGCCUUGCACUCCCUCAAAAGUUACUUUCUUGGAGGGUGAGAAACGACAACAGACACUUGUAUUCCUUGUAUGGCAUUUUUCUGUGUGGCUGUGUUUUUGCUGUGGAAAUGAAAAUAGGAAUGCAGCCUUUCUCCCGCAAGAUACUCCUCCUAAACUGGGAGAUUGAUUCCAGCCUGCAAAGGAGAAGUUAGAAUUACCUGGGGUCACCUCUGGGUUUUCGCUUGCUGAUCUACAUUUUCGUUGCCCUGGUGCAUGCCUCUCCGAAGGGAUUAGGGUUGUUUAAAAUUAAGAGCAGAAGAAGUGUGUGGGCCACAUAUGGCCCCAGAUUAAUUUCAGUGGUUUGGUGGGCCCCUCUGCAACCCCAAAAGUGGGCUGCUGCCCAGCAAGUGCUCUUUGGUGGGCAGUAUGACCCCUUAGCCCUUGACAAUUGCCCACCUCUAUUUUAAACAUGUGUUUGCAGAGAGGAAGCUGGCAUCUGAAUCCAAGGAAAUCUGGCAUGGGGAACUUCCACCAGCACCACUGUUUUGAAGCGAAACACGCAACAAACUUCUCACUAAGUCCAGGAGUUGCCACUGAGAUCUGCUACCAACUAGAAGUCACUUUUUAGUGCUGAUCUUGGUAUGAGGGUCUUCUCAGUCUGCCUUUUUCAUAGUUUUGGUUUCUACACAGAGAUACUGACCCCUCGGCCUUUUUUGCCGUCCAUCUAAAUCUGUCCUCUGACACUUAGAAAUUUAGUUGUGAAGCACUUCUGCUGUAACAUGCUCCGUUCUGUGUUUUGGGCUGUUUUAGUGACUGCUGCUUAAGUCUUCCUUGUGGUUGGAAGAAAUAGCCAUUUAUUUGAGCCAGAUAAUUUGAAGGUUUGGGGGAUUAUUUUUUUCUUAUUUGGCACAUUGGAUACUUCAAGGAGUUGCUCAUCUAGCUGUCUGAAGGACUUCAUGUGUCUUGCAGGCCUUUCACAUUUCUUCGGUGCUCUUUUUAGAGACAAAGGGAUAACUUUGUAUUGAGCAGAUACUGAUCGCCAUUCUCAAAUGUAUUUUUCCCUGUCAGCUGAGAAGGAGGAAAAUGGAUUGCUCCAUUUACUCCAGAAUGUAGAGGCUGGAAAACUUUUCUUUUUCAGUUGCGAAUCCCAGCAUCUUUCAGCCAUAUCCCAUGCUGGUUAGGGAAUUAUGAAGGUUGCAGUUCAGAAGAGGGGUUGUCCAUCUCUCCUCCUAAGUAGCUAUCUGAGGACUAAGGUCUGAUCUGCACUGCAGAAUUAAUGCAGUUUGGCACUAAAGUAACUCAUGGCUCCAUCCAUCCUGGGAUUUAUAGUUUGUUGUGGCACCAGAGCUCUCUGCGAAGGCCUUAA